AUGGCCGGGAAUAAACUCCUCGUCUACUUGCUUCGACGCGACUUGAGAACCAUCGACAACCCCAUCCUCCACCACCUGGCCACUUCUGACCAUGGCUUCACUCACCUCCUUCCCAUCUACAUCCUUCCCCCUCAACAAAUCGAAACCUCAGGCUUCGUUGUCGAGGGACAAAAGUCUCCUUAUCCAGAAGCUCGAAGCCAGGUCGGUCGCUUCUGGAGAUGUGGUUCGAUUCGAGCCAAGUUCCAGGCUGAGUGUAUCUGGGAUCUGAAACAAAAUCUCGAGAAGAUCAACAGUGGCAUGUUGGUUCGAAUCGGAAAGUUCGAUGACGUUCUGAAUCAUUUGAUCAAGUCUUUGCAUGAGAAUAAUCAAUCCAUCGAUACUGUUUGGAUGACUGAGGAGCCGUCAAAAGAGGAGGUGGACGACCAGAAUGCCGCAGCUUCGGUAUGCUCUGAGAAUGGUAUCAACUUUAAGCUCUGGCUGGAUGAAAAGUACUUCAUUGACGAUCGUGACACCGGCUUGAGCAACCCCAAUGAGCUCCCAGAUGUCUUUACCACUUACCGCAAAACACAAGAACCUCUCCGAGAGCGCCCUCGCCCUACUGUACCUCGUCCGCAGGUCGGAUCAUUACCUUCCUUUCCUUCCUGGGCUUUACCUCAGCAACCCCCUUUCCAAAUUCCAGACAACUACGACGAGUUUGAAAGACGACUUGUAGAGCCCGUCAAAGAAACUCUAUCCGACCCUCCUUCUUUUCCCGAAGGCGCCAAGUCUGCCCAUCCGUUUAAGGGGGGAGAAAACCCUGCUUGGGAGCGUCUCUAUCAUCUUAUCAAGUCAGGUGCGAUGACUACUUAUCAGGAAACCCGCAACGGUUUACUCGGGCUUGAUUACAGUACUAAGCUUGCAGCUUUCUUGGCCAUGGGAUGCAUGUCUGCCCGUUCUAUUCACGAGGAACUCGUCAAGUUUGAGAGUGGCUCAGAGCAAGACUAUUCUCAGGCUAUGGGCUUUGGUGGGGGCGAGAACGAGGGCACCAGGGCCGUCAGGUUCGAGCUUCUAUGGCGGGACUAUAUGAGGCUCUGUACUAUGAAAUUCGGAGCUAAACUCUUUUCAAUCCAUGGCUUUAAAGGGAAAGGGAAUUAUUCUCAAGAAUGGAAAACGGCCAACAAGGAGGAGGCUGCCAAGGACCAGGAUCCUCCACCAGACGAAGUUGCCCAGAUCAUCGAUAGACUCCUUCGAGGGACGACAGGACAGGGUCUUAUUGAUGCCUCCCAAAGAGAACUUCUUUUGACAGGGUAUACAUCCAAUAGAGCACGCCAAAACGUCGCUUCUUUCGCCGCGAAGCAUCUUAGCCUUAGUUGGCUAUAUAUGGCGGAAUGGUACGAACAAAACCUCGUGGACUAUGACGUUUCGAGCAACUGGUCGAACUGGCAAUACGUUGCUGGCGUCGGCAAUGACCCCCGUGGACAAGCAAGACAGUUCAAUCCUGUGAAACAAGCGUUCGACUAUGAUAAUGACGGGAGAUACGUUCGCACAUGGGUUACAGAAACAAGAGGGAUUCAGGAUCUUCAAAAUGUUUUCCAGCUAUCUACAACAUCAGCUGCGGAACUUGAGAAGAAUGGCAUUGCGGACAAUAUCAUGGUGACGAAUCCAUUAAAAAGGAUUGAGUUCUCAGUCGACAGGAAACCAAGAGGUCCAAGGAGACCCUACCGCUGGAGGCGUGGUGGUCGAGGGGGUCGGGGAGGUGGCAGCCGGGAUGGCGAUGCUCGAAGUAAUGGCCGAGGAGGAACUCAUCACAACGACUCGGAAAACAGAACAGCAAGUUACCACCAGCAGCCCCCUGGGAAAGAUUUCUACAAUCAAGGUUCUCACUUCAACAACGGACAGACGAAUUACUCACGAGACUAUGGUCAACCACGAAGAGGGAACGCCGCUACGCCCUGGAGAGGCAACUCAAACAUUCACUCUUUCCGAGGAAACUUCCAGCAAGGAUACAAUAAUAACGCCUUCAACCCACCUCACUACAUGUCAAACGCCAACUACCACCAUCAGUUUCCUCAGACUUAUCACCACCAACUCCCUCCUCAUAUGCAAUAA